CAGACCGUGAACGCACCAUUCUCCAUCUUCCUCCUUACCAGGGAAGGGACCAACCUUCGUCCUGCUGCACCCCAUUGGAAAUCCUUCGUGUCAUUUAUUCAACAGAUAGCAAACACCACCACCAUGACAGACUCCAAAUAUUUCACUACCAACAAAAAAGGGGAGAUCUUUGAGCUGAAGGCGGAGUUGAACAAUGAGAAGAAAGAGAAAAGAAAAGAGGCAGUAAAGAAGGUCAUCGCUGCAAUGACUGUUGGCAAAGAUGUCAGUUCUUUGUUCCCAGAUGUGGUGAACUGUAUGCAGACUGACAACCUGGAGCUAAAGAAGUUGGUCUACCUUUACCUAAUGAACUACGCCAAAAGCCAGCCAGACAUGGCCAUCAUGGCUGUGAACAGCUUUGUUAAGGACUGUGAGGACCCUAACCCUCUGAUCCGGGCUCUGGCUGUUCGCACCAUGGGCUGCAUCCGGGUGGAUAAGAUCACAGAGUACCUGUGUGAGCCACUGAGGAAGUGCCUGAAGGAUGAAGACCCGUAUGUAAGGAAGACGGCAGCUGUUUGCGUGGCAAAGCUGCAUGACAUCAAUGCUCAGAUGGUGGAAGAUCAGGGAUUCCUGGACUCCCUGAGAGAUCUCAUCGCUGACUCAAACCCCAUGGUUGUUGCCAAUGCAGUCGCUGCUUUGUCGGAGAUCAGCGAGUCUCACCCCAACAGCAAUUUGCUGGACCUGAAUCCCCAGAAUAUCAACAAGUUAUUGACGGCCCUUAACGAGUGCACAGAAUGGGGGCAGAUCUUUAUCCUGGACUGCCUGUCCAACUACAACCCCAAGGAUGACCGAGAGGCUCAGAGCAUCUGUGAGCGUGUCACUCCACGACUGUCUCAUGCCAACUCAGCUGUGGUCCUGUCCGCCGUAAAGGUCCUGAUGAAGUUUCUGGAGCUGCUGCCAAAGGAUUCAGAUUAUUACAACACAUUGCUGAAGAAACUAUCUCCCCCGCUGGUUACUUUGCUGUCUGGAGAACCAGAGGUCCAGUAUGUGGCUCUGAGGAACAUCAACCUUAUUGUUCAGAAGAGACCUGAGAUCCUGAAGCAGGAGAUUAAAGUGUUCUUCGUCAAGUAUAACGACCCGAUCUAUGUGAAACUGGAAAAACUAGACAUCAUGAUCCGUUUGGCCUCUCAGGCCAACAUUGCUCAGGUUUUGGCCGAGCUGAAGGAAUAUGCCACAGAGGUAGAUGUUGACUUUGUGCGCAAAGCUGUUCGAGCUAUCGGACGAUGUGCCAUCAAAGUGGAGCAAUCGGCUGAGCGCUGCGUCAGCACUCUCCUCGACCUGAUCCAAACCAAGGUCAACUAUGUGGUACAGGAAGCUAUUGUGGUCAUUAGGGACAUUUUCCGCAAGUACCCAAACAAGUAUGAGAGCAUCAUUGCCACUCUGUGUGAGAACCUGGACUCCCUGGAUGAACCCGAUGCUCGAGGCGCCAUGAUCUGGAUCGUUGGAGAGUACGCAGAGAGAAUCGAUAACGCCGACGAGCUGCUGGAGAGCUUUCUGGAGGGUUUUCACGAUGAGAGCACUCAGGUGCAACUCACUUUGUUGACUGCCAUCGUCAAGCUGUUCCUGAAGAAGCCAUCAGAGACUCAGGAGCUGGUGCAGCAGGUCCUCAGUCUGGCCACUCAGGACUCUGAUAACCCAGACCUCCGUGACAGGGGCUACAUUUACUGGCGCCUGUUGUCCACUGACCCAGUGACUGCCAAAGAGGUGGUGCUGUCAGAAAAGCCCCUGAUCUCUGAGGAGACAGACUUGAUUGAGCCCACUCUGCUGGACGAGCUGAUCUGCCACAUCGGCUCCCUGGCCUCAGUCUAUCACAAGCCGCCCAGCGCCUUUGUGGAGGGAAGUCAUGGAAUCCACCGCAAGCACCUUCCUGUCCAGCACAGCAGUAUUGACACAGGCGAGAGCCCCGUGAGCAGUGGUCCAGCCGCCGCCAUGGAUCAGCCACAUGUGAUCCCCAGCCAGGGCGACCUGCUGGGUGACUUGCUCAACCUGGACCUGGGCCCUCCUGUCAAUGUUCCCCAGGUUUCCUCCAUGCAGAUGGGUGCGGUGGACCUCCUGGGGGGAGGCCUGGACAGUUUGCUGGGGGGAGACCUGGGCGGAGGUGUUGGGGGAAGUCCAGCAGUAAGUCAAGCCCUUCUGUUCGGCAGUCUUGCUGUGUGGCUUCCUGCAGUAAAAGCAAAAGGGCUGGAAAUCUCUGGAACAUUCUCCCGCCGCCAAGGCCACAUGUACAUGGACAUGUCAUUCACCAACAAGGCCCUGCAACACAUGAACGAUUUCGCCAUCCAGUUUAACAAAAACAGUUUUGGUGUGAUCCCCACCAAUCCUCUGCCCAUUCACACCCCACUCAUGCCCAAUCAGAGUAUUGAGAUCUCCCUGCCUGUAAACACCAUUGGGCCCGUCAUGAAGAUGGAUCCACUGAAUAACCUGCAGGUGGCUGUAAAGAACAACAUUGAUGUGUUCUACUUCAGCGUCCUCAUCCCUCUAAACAUAUUCUUUGUUGAAGAUGGAAAAAUGGAGCGACAGGUGUUUCUGGCUACCUGGAAGGACAUACCCAAUGAGAAUGAACUUCAGUAUCAGAUCAAAGACUGCCACCUAAACGCUGACACAGUAUCUGGCAAACUGCAAAAUAACAACAUCUACACCAUUGCCAAAAGAAAUGUAGAAGGCCAGGACAUGCUGUAUCAGUCACUCAAGCUAACCAACGGCAUCUGGAUCCUGGCUGAACUCCGCAUUCAACCGGGGAAUCCAAAUUACACGCUUUCUCUGAAGUGUCGGGCCCCUGAAGUGUCUCAGUACAUCUACCAAAUGUAUGACUCUAUCCUGAAAAACUGAGUUCACAGCUACUUUCCUCCUUCUAGAAAACCUAGUGGUCGUUUAUUUUCUGUGUCUGUAGCUAACUGCCAGGACAAGGGAACCCAAGAAGUAAAUGAUAAAUCCAAAUAAAAAUUUUAGGUGUAUUUUCACGUUGAGAAGUCAUUGUUGAUCAGUGGUUGCUGUAGUUGCAGUUUUGGUGUUUUGGCAGUUUGAUAGAAAUGCUUAUAUCUCUGAUUACACUCCCUGUUUAUACUUUAGUGUCCCAGUAAAGACAUGUUUAUCAUUCCAUCCUGAACCCAGUGUGUUUGUGUUGUGACUGACUGUGAAACUGUAAUAAGAAAGUUUCAAUGACGCCAUAUUUCUAGUUUGUACUGUAAGGCUCCUGUUUCUUCUGCUUUAGGUGUCAUUUUUUUUCUUCUGAUUUGCAUUCAGAAUAUCACCAGAGUUGCUUUGUUCUCUUUGCCAUUAUUUAUUAAGCAUCACAAACGGAAACAAGUAACUUUGUUUUACCUUGAGCAAAGUAAACGUAAUGGAAUAGGUUCAUUAAAAAAAGUGUAACAUUCAGAUGCUAACAUUAUUUGGUUUACUAUUGUAAAAAAAAAAUAAUUAUAAUUACCAUAAAUGUGAGUGAAAAAUAAGGAUUAAGUAGAAAAUAUGUGAAAAACUCCAAUAACUGAAUUAUUUGCUACAUCUUAGUGUUUGGUGUUUGUUCUCAACUGCCAUGUUUUUAUCUAAAAAGUGAAGCUAAUAUUUUGCAAUGGAUGUUCAAAUUAUAAGCCUCUUAUAUCCAGCAGGUUAUUGUAAUUUCAGCAUUCCAUUCAUGAAUGAGAAGCAUUGUUAGUCUAACAAAUAAAUAUUGCUUAGCAAAAUGUGUUCUCGGAUUGUGUUGUAAGAAAAUGUGGCAAACAGACCAAAAUACCUUUUUAAUUCACCCAUAAGAAAAACCACAAUAGCUCUGUAUUGCUAUACCUUCAGACUAUAAAUAUCAAAAAGCUGUGCAUGGCUUUAUACACAUCAUUCCUAGUUUAUCGUGCAUCUACCUCCACCUUUUCUUUUCUCUUUGUUCAUGUAAUGUGCAUUUUCUCGUCCCUUUCGAAUACUGUAUGUUCUGUUAAUGCCAGAUUAAGGAUGUGAUGAGCCAGCCAAAAUCCAGCUCACAGGACCAAGUAUGUUUUGUUUUAAUGUCAUGUCCUCAUGAACUGAUGUUUGCAUUCUGUGGUUUAUACACCCUCAGGCAAAGAGCAGUAGUGUGAUACAAUUAUUAGUGUAUGUUGUGUAAUGAAUAAAAAGCUUUUAUCACCAUGAAAUUUAAAUAAAGAAUUCCCUCUAUUCCAG